UGUGGCGGGCCAGCCUUGCGGCGGGUGGUCAGGGGUCCGGCUAUCUAAGGUCAUCCAGGGCUACCCUCUGCACUCUGCGGGCUUCCUUCAUCCCCAGCCUGCUUCCCAUCCUUGCAUGGUGCUGCGUGCACGUGCGCUGAGAUCAGGAGGCCCUGGACAAAACUCUGCGGCCUCUUGUUCUGCUUGUUGAAGACAAGGACAGAUGUGGGCAGUGAUGGGUGUCAGGAGCUGGGGAGCUGGGAUGAGAAGAGGGACUGACGCACAGACAGAUCUGCGCAGGAGUGAAGCGCACGCCGCCCCUGCAGGAAGGACCUCCGAGAUCAGGUUGUCUAACUCUGCUUUCACAAAGAGGAAACAGGCCCAGAAGCGACAUGGCCUGCCCAACCUCCCGCUGCCGCUGCUGGAGCCCAAAACAGAAGCAGCGGCGCUGGAGGGGAGUGCACACUGAGGGGUCUAAAGGGAAACUGCCCAGGAGAGGGAAGAGGCUGCAAGUCCGCGGGGAGAAGUGACCACGUCAGUGCCAGCAGAGGCUUGGGAUACGCAGACCCAGGACAGGGCUGGCAGGUGCCGGCGAGGCCAGGAGGGUCGUGUUCCAGGCCUCAUGCUGCUGUGGGUCUUGGCUUCUGAACCCACUCUACAGGACCUUUGUGAAAGUCACUCUCCUGACCGAUGCUCACAGAGGCCCUGCACAACCCCCUGAAAAGCACUUAGUAAUUCAUUGUUAGGGUGCUUACGCUAACCUCGCAAGAGGAAAGACCCCUGGCUUUAAGGGUUGAGGUAUGGCCAAGAUGACCCUGUGGGGACACAAGGCCAAGGUCCAGUGUCUGCAGAGUCCACUCCUCCUCUGCCCCUGCUGCCUGCAGCUGAUAAGCCUCUUAUCUGGCCCAGGCAGGGGAGGGCAGGGCUGCUAUCAGCACCCAGGCCUGGGCCACAUGCUGGAGAAAGCUGUCUGUGUGGCUCUUCCCAUAACACACUCCUUGGGGGAUCCCCCAAGCGUGCACUCUCAUCCUGGGAAGAAAAGGCUGAGAUCUUGAAGCUGAAGACGGACGAGGAAAGCAGGGGUGGCCCCUGAUGUUGCCCCAGACUUCCAACCCAAACCAAAAAGACUGCCCUGGCCAGGAGUACAUUUCUAGGGCGGAAGAGGUAAGGGAGAGAGAGAGAAGGCAUCCUGUCCGAAGACCAGGUUGCUGGGGUCGUUCGGGCUUUGGGGGAACCUGGACCAGACAGACCCUGGCCCAGUAGGAUGCCCCCGUGUUCCCCCCAGCAGAGCAGGAACAAGUUGACACAGCUGCCCACUCCAGAGCUGGGCGAGAUGGAACUGACUUGGCAAGAGAUCAUGUCCAUCACCGAACUGCAGGGCCUAAACGCUCCAAGUGAGCCAUCGUUUGAGCCCCAAGCCCCAGCCCCUUUCUCUGGACCCCUGCCCCCACCAGCUUACUGCCCCUGCUCCGUCCCCCCGGAUGCUGGCUUCCCCCUGCCCCCACCACCUUAUGAGCUCCCAGCACCCACAUCCCACGUCCCAGACGCCCCCUACCCCUACAACAACAUGGCCGGUCCAGUCUCCAAGCCACUGACCCUCUCAGGCCUGCUCAACGAGCCUCUCCCAGACCCCUUAGCCCUCCUGGACAUUGGGUUGCCUGCAGGGCCGCCCAAGCCCCAAGAAGACCCAGAAUCCGACUCGGGAUUAUCCCUCAACUACAGCGACGCCGAGUCUCUCGAGCUGGAGGGGACAGAGGCCGGCCGGCGGCGCGGCGAGUACUUGGAGAUGUACCCAGUGGAGUACCCCUACUCACUCGUGCCCAGCGCCUUGGUCCACCCCAGCUACACCUUGCCACCCGCCGAGGCCCCCUUGGCCCUAGAGCCCUCGUCAGGCCCUGUGCGGGCCAAGCCGAGCGCACGCGGGGAGGCCGGGAGUCGGGAUGAGCGCCGGGCCCUGGCCAUGAAGAUCCCGUUCCCUACGGACAAGAUCGUCAACCUACCGGUAGACGACUUUAACGAGCUGCUGGCGCGCUACCCGCUGACGGACAGCCAGCUGGCCUUGGUCCGGGACAUCCGCCGGCGGGGCAAGAACAAGGUGGCCGCCCAGAACUGUCGCAAGAGAAAGCUGGAGACCAUCGUGCAGCUGGAGAGGGAGCUGGAGCAGCUGGGCAGCGAGAGAGAGCGGCUUCUCAGGGCCCGAGGGGAGGCUGACCGGACCCUGGAAGUCAUGCGCCAACAGCUCACCGAGCUGUACCGGGACAUCUUCCAGCACCUACGGGAUGAGUCAGGCAACAGCUACUCCCCAGAAGAGUACGUGCUGCAGCAGGCUGCCGAUGGUGCCAUCUUCCUGGUGCCCCGAGCGACCAAGGCGGAGGCCACAGACUGAACUGGCUCAGGGUGGAGAGUGGGCUUGGUGAUGGGGAGUUCCCUCCCUUCUGAUAAAGGGACUCCCCGACCCCAGACCCAGAUAAAGCAGACUUAUUUAGACCAAUGUGGGAACCCUGCUGUUCACUGAGGCUUGCCUUGGGGCAGCUCGUGUGGGGGUUGGGCCAGAACCUUUUUUCCCUGACCUCUCACCUCCAGCCCUGUCCCAGCUUUGGUCUAUAAAGCGUUCUGCACAAACA